AUGCAAUUCUUGCAAGAUAAGGUCUCAGAUGAUGAGGAUUAUUGGGCUCAAAUUGAAGGUAAUGAAGAGUGGGAAAAGGCCCAAAAAGAAGCGAGGUACAAGAUAGCCAGAGCAGCAAUAGAUGCUUGGAAGGCAAAACGGGACAACCCCAAAAAAGAAGAGGAGGAGGAAGAGGAAAUAGAAGAGGAAGCGGAAGAAGAAGAGGACGAGGAAUCCGAAGAGGAAGAGGAAGAUUAUGAAGAAGAAUACGACGAUGAAGAGGAAGAGACGGAAGAAUCUGAGGGGUCCGAAGAAUCCGGCGAUGAAGAAUCCGACGACGGAAGCGACUGGGAUUCAUUAUUUUUGUUGGUGCACAACAUGCCCACCGAAAACGAUGAGCCAAAAUCUACCGCACGAAAGCGAGGUUUACCGCGGGACGAUACUCCAUGCCCUCCGCCAAGACCUCAAACCGCAAAACGACAGAGAUUGGAUCCUUCAGCCGCCUCAAAAGCCCCCAUGGCCCAGGAUUCCGGAAACGACGAACCGAAGCCCGCCAUGAGAAAGAGAGGUCUUAUCGCCCAGCAAAAUGGAGAUACCCCUGCGGCAGAAGUCCCAUUUCCUAAACGGCAAAGGAUGGACCCUCCCGCCUUGGUGGCGAAUGCCAACGACGAGGACCAGGAGCAGGAGCAGGGACAGGAAACCAAGUCUUCAGUCCCAUCAGAAUGGUUGGCGCCGCAUCAAGAGGAAUUACAGAAUUCUCAACUACCUGAACCUCUUCGAGGAAUCCUCGGUCGCCUUCCAGUGAGCGAGCUGCAUCGUGAGGCACAGAUAUUCCUCUUGGGUUUAAAGUACCUCGAUCCAGCCGAUGAUGCCCUAGCAAAGGCUGCCAUCGACAUGGGCCUCAGAUUCUCAAAGACAGCCACGAGCAGCGAGUACAAUAUUGUUCUCGACAACAUGUUGAAGCACCCUAUACAAGCCGUCAUGUACAAUUGUUGUAGGGAAGAUGAAGCUUAUCACACUUUCUUUUGGGGAAAGAUUCGGAGCGUCACUGGGAGAGAUGUACCACCUGAGCGUAUCAGGGAACGUCGUGAAAGACGUGCCAAGAGAGAGGCCGAGGCCAUGGCGAGAUUCAAUGCUAGGAAAGCAGCAGAGGAGGCCAAGAGGGAAUCGCAGAUGCUCAAGGAAAAGUACGUCUCUCAGAUUGGCGAGGCAUCAAAGCUACCACUUAGGGAGAAGGUAGGCAGGUGGUUGGCUGAGAUUGUCAAGGCCGAAAAGCAAUAA